AUAGUUCCAAUUUCAUACGCAUAUACCGAGUUUCCGAAGUACCCGUAUCAAUCCUAUGGCCACCUUGUACAGACCGUCCAGGGUUCGCCAUGGCAUGCUCUGUGCUUGAUGAUGCAAAACUAAAGAGACGUCUUCUACGCUCAGAAGGGAGCAGAGGUGAAGAAGGAGAAGGCAAGGAUGAGUGGCAGCAUUGCUAUCGGCAGGUGCGGUGGAGGUAGAGAAGCAACGAGAUUGUCCCAACGGAUUCCACCCUUUUUCCGGCGAUGUCUCCUCUCCGCGCCGCCAGGUCGCCGCUCUCUCCUCCGCGUCUUCUCUUCUGCGUGCAGCGCCUCCCCACCUUCCAAGGCCGCCGUCUACGAUCAGGAGGGCCCCCCUGUCGAAGUCACCAGAUUGGUUGAUCUUCCUCCCGUCAACUUAAGCGAAAAAGAUGUUUGUGUCAAGAUGCUGGCAGCACCAAUCAAUCCCUCCGACAUCAAUAGAAUUGAAGGUGUAUAUCCAAUCCGGCCACCAGUACCUGCAAUUGGUGGAUAUGAAGGGGUUGGGGAAGUAUUUUCAUUGGGUUCUGCCGUGAGGAACCUUUCUCCUGGUGAUUGGGUGAUACCUUCUCCUCCAUCUUUUGGGACAUGGCAGAGUUAUAUUGUCAAGCCAGAGGAUGCAUGGCACAAAGUUAGAAAAGAUAUUCCUAUGGAAUAUGCUGCCACAGUGACUGUAAAUCCUUUGACAGCUCUCCGGAUGUUGGAGGAUUUUGUUGAUCUCAAAUCUGGAGAUGUUAUUGUACAGAAUGGCGCAACAAGUAUUGUGGGUCAAUGUGUUAUUCAACUUGCACGGGCUAGAGGAGUCCACAGUGUUAAUAUUAUCAGAGACAGGCUUGGCGCAGAUCAAGUGAUAAAGAAACUGAAAGAGCUUGGUGCAAAUGAGGUUUACACUGAAAGCGAUUUGCAACUGAAGGACAUCAAGGCUUUUUUGCGUGGCCUUCCUGAACCCGUAUUAGGUUUCAACUGUAUUGGUGGAAAUGCUGCCAGUUUGGUGCUUAAGUUAUUGAGGCAUGGAGGGACUAUGGUGACUUAUGGUGGCAUGUCUAAGAAGCCAGUCACUGUUUCCACUUCAUCUUUCAUUUUUAAGGAUCUUGCACUCCGUGGCUUUUGGUUGCAAAGGUGGAUGACUUCAGACAAGGCAAAGGAAUGCAGGGUAAUGAUUGAUUAUCUGUUGAGCUUAGUGAAGGAUGGGCAAUUGAAAUACGAGCUGCAAAUGGUUCCGUUUGAGAGUUUUGAUCUGGCUUUUUCCAGGGCACUAGGGAAACAUGGGAGUCAUCCAAAACAGGUUCUGAAAUUUCACUAAGGCGUGUAAAUGUCACUUUCGAAUAUAAAAUAUGCUGCUUUACCAAGAGAAUUCAAUAACUUCUUUCAGCCUUGAAUAAUAUUUUAGAUGUGCUACUGUA